UCUAGGGAGGCUAUCUUGGGCUGUGAAAGACAUGUCACCAACCAUCACAGCUGCUGAGUGAUUGCACGGUUAGUCAGUAUGUGCCAACGCCCUACUAGAAGAGCUGUCUGCAGAUUCCAAAGCCGGGCGUUCAGAGAAUCCCGGGAAGGAGCCAGCGUUACCUCAGCCUCUCCGAGGGACACGCGCGCCCUGAACACUCCCCUCUUGGGAUUCAGGCCAAUUCGUUCAGCUCCCAUGACUUCAUCCGAGCAAGUUUGUCACCUCACACAGCUAAUUAAACUGUUUACCUAGAGGAUGAUCCAAAGGAAUUUCCAUUUCCUUCCAGAGGGAAUACAAGGUUAUGAUAACCGAGACAGCGAGAGGAAAAAAGGGGCACAACUCGACCCGAAUUCAACCUGCUUUCUUUCUCUUGGGUCUCCCAGUCACUCCUGGGGUUGUUAGUAGGCUUCAGCACGCCUGAAGGACCCCGUCCUCCGGAGACUCCUAGCCAAGGGAAAAGCAGAAAACACAAGAACUAAUUCCACUCUUAUGUGUGACUAAUUAAAAGAGCAGUCAGGCAGAGGGGACUCCCUGUUCAGCCUUUACCGAUGGGGCAGGCUCGGGGCAGCUUUGAGACAGGCAGCGCCAAGGUCGCCCAGAUUCCCGACAAGCUCCGCGCGGGGGCUUCCUCGGCUCCUUGCUGUUGCCGCCGCCGCCGCUGCUGCCGCGGUUGGUGGGGUUGGGUGAGAGGAGGAGCUGUCGCGGACUCUGUAGAGUCAGUCUCUGUUGCUCUUUUUGCCUGAGGAGUCUUCCAUCCUACGUCGAGCCCUGACUCCCGUGCUGUCGAGGGGGAGUCCCCGGGGACACCUCGGCACGCAGUGGAGAUGCCUCUUUUUGCCACCAAUCCCUUCGAUCAGGAUGUUGAGAAAGCAACCAGCGAGAUGAAUACUGCUGAGGACUGGGGCCUCAUUUUGGAUAUCUGUGAUAAAGUUGGUCAGUCUCGCACUGGACCUAAGGAUUGUCUUCGGUCUAUUAUGAGAAGAGUGAACCACAAAGAUCCUCACGUUGCUAUGCAGGCUUUGACUCUUCUAGGAGCAUGUGUAUCAAACUGUGGCAAAAUUUUUCAUUUAGAAGUAUGUUCAAGAGAUUUUGCUAGUGAAGUAAGCAACGUAUUAAAUAAGGGUCAUCCUAAAGUAUGUGAAAAAUUAAAGGCUCUUAUGGUUGAAUGGACAGAUGAAUUUAAGAAUGAUCCACAGCUUAGUCUAAUAUCAGCAAUGAUUAAGAACCUUAAGGAACAAGGAGUUACGUUCCCAGCUAUUGGCUCUCAGGCUGCAGAACAAGCAAAAGCAAGCCCAGCUCUUGUAGCCAAGGAUCCUGGUACUGUGGCUAACAAAAAAGAAGAAGAAGAUUUAGCAAAAGCCAUUGAGUUGUCUCUCAAGGAACAAAGGCAGCAGUCAACCACCCUUUCCACUUUGUAUCCAAGCACAUCCAAUCUCUUAACUAACCACCAACAUGAAGGCCGAAAAGUUCGUGCUAUAUAUGACUUUGAAGCUGCUGAAGACAAUGAACUUACUUUUAAAGCUGGAGAAAUUAUUACAGUUCUUGAUGACAGUGAUCCUAACUGGUGGAAAGGUGAAACCCAUCAAGGCAUAGGGUUAUUUCCUUCUAAUUUUGUGACUGCAGAUCUCACUGCUGAACCAGAAAUGAUUAAAACAGAGAAGAAGACGGUACAAUUUAGUGAUGAUGUUCAGGUAGAGACAAUAGAACCAGAGCCGGAACCAGCCUUUAUUGAUGAAGAUAAAAUGGACCAGUUGCUACAGAUGCUGCAAAGUACAGACCCCAGUGAUGAUCAGCCAGACCUACCAGAGCUGCUUCAUCUUGAAGCAAUGUGUCACCAGAUGGGACCUCUCAUUGAUGAAAAGCUGGAAGAUAUUGAUAGAAAACAUUCAGAACUCUCAGAACUUAAUGUGAAAGUGAUGGAGGCCCUUUCCUUAUAUACCAAGUUAAUGAACGAAGAUCCGAUGUAUUCCAUGUAUGCAAAGUUACAGAAUCAGCCAUAUUAUAUGCAGUCGUCUGGUGUUUCUGGUUCUCAGGUGUAUGCAGGGCCCCCUCCAAGUGGUGCCUACCUGGUUGCAGGGAACGCGCAGAUGAGCCACCUCCAGAGCUACAGUCUUCCCCCGGAGCAGCUGUCUUCUCUCAGCCAGGCGGUGGUCCCGCCAUCCGCAAACCCAGCCCUUCCUAGUCAGCAGACUCAGGCCGCUUACCCAAAUACAAUGGUCAGUUCCGUUCAAGGAAACACGUAUCCCAGCCAGGCACCAGUAUAUAGUCCUCCUCCUGCCGCUACUGCUGCUGCUGCAACUGCCGAUGUCACUCUGUACCAGAAUGCAGGACCUAAUAUGCCCCAGGUGCCAAACUAUAACUUAACAUCAUCAACUCUGCCUCAGCCCGGAGGCAGCCAACAGCCACCUCAGCCACAGCAACCAUAUUCUCAGAAGGCUCUGCUAUAGGACCCGGUGUUCCUCUUGGUGGCAGAUACCUGCUAAAUGCCACUGACAAUGUUAUGAGAUUCAUUACUAUCUUAAGAUGUGUUUAUCCUCAGCUUAUAGGAAUCUCUCCAGGUCAACAAGUUCAAAUAUUCAAGAAGGUAGAACUCUUCUCAAUUUACACUGACUUUUUAGAGGUUCUUCCCCCCUCCGCCCCCCCAGAGGAAUGAAACUACUUACAACAUUUAAUUCCUUUCAUAAUAUGAAAGAAUUGAUACAAGGCUAUUUGUCUUGUAAACCUGGUCUGCAGAAAGUCAAACUUACAAAAACUGUUGUGACAAAUGUUAUGUACAUAUAUUGAUAUGUAACUGCAUUAGUGGCCAUUUCGAAUCACAGUGGUGAUCAUGUGAAUAUAUUUAACACUGUGUUAAAUUAAUUUACGUUGCUAUUUUAUUUUAAUCAUAAACAACUACCAUAUUUCUUAAUGUUUUGUGUAAAUUUAAGGUAAUUAUACUAUCCUUUUAAACUGCAAGAAAACAAAGUUGUUAGCGUAUUUACAUGACGGCGCAUUAUGUUGUCGUGUGUUUCAGUUUCACAUUAAACUGAACCUUUUACUAAUUGUGAGCUAAAGAUAUAUAUAUAUGUGUGUGUGUAUAUAUAUAUAUAUAUAUAUCUACAUGUCUUUCUGUAGCCUCUGCAUACUACUAGCUGUCAUCACACCAGCGUACAGUAGCUAAAUUUUUGGUGCAAUUAUAGCAAAUGAUAAUGUUCCCUUUUGAACUUUUACAUUUUGGCAUGACAUUUCAGAGUAUUGUGGGACCAUGAGACAAAAUUAAGUACGAUCACAUUCUUUAUUUCUUAUUUUUAAAGAAAUGAUGUUGGUUUACCUUUUCCUAGUUGAAGACAGUAAUUAGGUUUCUAAGCUGUAUACUGUGUUUAUUGGUGGCAGUGACACCAAAGAUAGAGGCAGUGGAUAGAAAUUUUUAAACUGGAAAGAAAACCUGAAUUACACUACAUUUUCGAAGUCUCUUGUAAUUAUUUGGGAUAUCAACAAAAUUUGAUUCGUCUGUCUAAUCCCUUGCUAGUCUUUUAAAUAUGUCUUUAACACAUUGUAUCCUUUAAUUCUUCAUUAAAAUGGAAAUAAGUAGAUGUUUCAAAGUAA